CCCAGUGCAGUAUAAUAGUGCCUGGUGCGAGAGUUGGCUUCUAUCCUCCUCUUUUGAGUUUCCAAGCAAGUACAAACAAGCGCGUGUCAUACAAUGAUGAAAAUGGGGUUUCUUGUAGUUCCUCUUUUGGAUGAUGUCCGGCACUGAUGAUUGGGUGGAUCCAAGACAAGUUGAUCCACUAGUAGUCGGGAGAGUGAUAGGAGAUGUGGUUGGCAUGUUUGUACCGAGAUUAAACAUAUCUGUUUGUUACGGCUCUAAGCAUCUCACUAGUGGUUGCGAAAUUGAGCCUUCCGUUGCUGCUGAUCCUCCCAAAGUUCAGAUUUCUGGUUCUCCUCAACAUCUCUAUACGCUGGUGAUGGUAGAUCCUGAUGCCCCUAGCCCAAGCGAACCCACCAUGCGAGAGAUUGUAGUGGAUGUUCCAGGUGGUACAAGCCCAUCCGAAGGGAAAGAGGUAGUAAGAUAUAUGGGGCCAAAACCACCUGUGGGGAUGCACAGGUAUGUGAUGGUGGCCUUCGAGCAGAAGGGCGAGCUUAAAAUGGUUGUGGAGGAACCUGCGUGCCGUCCGCACUUCAACACUCGAAACUUUGCUCAACAGUAUGAUCUUGGAAUCCCUGUCUCGGCUUUCUACUUCAACUCUCAGAAAGAAUGACCUGCCACUGCGGGCCAUUAGCUGGUGAAUAAGUAAGCUUAAGUAGUUUUAACAGUGUACGAGACUGAAUACGUUGGUUGUAUUUGUAUUUUGUAUACAUAAGUGGGA